AUGACAACGGCGUUACGGCCAACAGCGAGGAGGGUGAUCGAAGGAAAGGAAAAGAAAAGAGAAAUCGCUUCCCAGGAGGUCAAGCCGGGAUUUAUAUCCCCUCCUCCUUCCCACGCCCAUCUCUUCUUCCCCGACACGCCAUCCUGCUGCCUUCCUCCUCCUCCUCCUCUCUCCAUGUCUCCGCACAGUCCUGCUCGAAGACGUACCUGCUAUAUGCAGGAAUGGUCCGACCAGAGCGGGAAGUCUCUCGCCCGCGAAUCGGUACAAAAGAGCAUCUCACCAUCAUCAUCAUCAUCAUCAUCAUCAUCAUCAUCAUCAUCAUCAUCAUCAUCACGGGACACCCUCGAUCCUUGCGCUGGUCGUUGUCAUAUUUGCUCGUGUACGACCAACAGUGGGACGAAGACAACCACGAUGGAUCUCGCUGCGCGCUCGCUCUCACCGGCCUCGAAUCACCUCGGCCGACUUCCCGCGGGCAAGACUCGAUGGCGAUGGCGAGGCGAGAAGUACCGAUCCAUGGGCCGAUCGACGUGGGAGGCGCCACAUUGUCGUGUUACACGACGUGCGCGUCGCCGGACGGAUGGUCAACCGAUCCCCCCUCCCCCCUUUUUCGGCGCCGACGAUACUUCGCUUCGAAGACAUCUUGUGUCACCUCCUCCUCCACCACCUGCUGACACCAUCUCGGCACAUCUCUGA